AUGAAACACUUCAAGCUGUGUUUCAAGCUCAUCGAUACUGUCUGCUGGGUAAAAAAUCUUGAAAAUAUUCCUUAUCAAAACAUGAAUUGUGUUUUAUUUUCCAAAGGUACUAAACGUAUGGGUAUGCUGGGGAGUACCUUUAUAGCAAAUAAACAGUUUUUGCAGAUAAGAAUUAAUGGACCUCUCCUUAUUGAAGUUUGGUUAAUGUUAGGAAUUUGCUGGCGUGUUUUGAUUCUUACAAGGCAACAAAGUACGUGCAUGUGCCUUUUGAAUGGUGAAAUAUUUCAACAUGUUCUCAAAAAUUUAAAUUUAACUCAACUUAAGCGGGUUGAUUACAGUUCAAAUUCUCUAGUGAAAGUGUUAAUAACAUUUAAUUGUUGA